UAUGGCAUAUGCAUUAGCCAAAUGGCAAACAGCUUCAACAAUAGGAGUAAUAUCAUUAGUACCAAAUGACAAUCAAGUUGUCUUUGAUCUUUAAAAUGCCUUAUAAUUUUUAAAAAAUGAAAACAUUAGCUAAUUCCAAAAAAUGUAAGUAUACUAAUCCAUUUCUAGUAAAUAUAUUACAACUUAAGGAGGGAAAUGGUAUUAUUUACCAUUUAAUAAAGAAGUUGUAUAAUUAGUAUUGACUGCAAAUGAUUAUAAUUAAGAGAAUGUGGAAAUGCUAAUCAAUUCCAUCAAUGCAAAAAUUGUAUAUUUCUAAAUUUUAUACAUUAGUUUGAUCAUAAUCCAAUAACACCAUAAAAUAUAACAAUAUAACAAAAAUAAAAUAUCUAUAAUUUGUUAAUCUACUUCGAUUAAGCUCAUGGUAAAGAACCUAAACAAAUAUAAUAAAUUCUAUAAACUUUGGAUAACACUAAGUAAACUGUAUAGUAAAAUAUUGAAAAACUUAUCAAUAACAAAGAAUAGCUUUUAAAUAUUGAAGGUUGUAUUAAAUAAUAUUGAUAAAAUUAGUAUAAUCAUUAGAAUUGGAUAAUAGUUCAUAAGUAUUUUUAAAUUCGGCAUAAGAAUUACACAGAAAAUAAAGAAUGUAAAAAUUAAAAACUAGAUUAAUAAUUGGAUCAAUAAUCACAGUAGGAUUAGCAAUCUCAUUAUAUGUAAUAUUUGGUUGA